UGGUAAAGGAAGCUGGCUGAGUCGUUUUCUGAGAAGAGACCAUAUUUGCUUGCAGAGGAAGCCGUUGCUUUCUGGGAUCUGGCGACGGCAGAAACGGCCCCUGCUCCAACGAGGGGUGCUCCCGAGGGUGGCUGGGAAUUGGAAGAGCCAAGGACACCUCAACUUGUGGAUUUAGGGGUUCUCUCGGUCCAUGGGUGCUGCACCUCAGCCCAGCUAGUGAGCUUCCUGCCAGGACAACAGCUAUGGCACUCAGGAAUGUGCCCUUCCGCUCAGAGGUCCUGGCCUGGGACUCGGACAGCCUUGCGGACUAUUUCAAGAAGCUGAACUACAAGGACUGCGAGAAGGCAGUGAAGAGGUUCAACAUCGAUGGUGCUCGGUUUUUGAACCUGACAGAAAAUGACAUCCAGAAGUUCCCUAAGCUCCGGGUACCGAUUCUCAGCAAGUUAAGUCAAGAAAUCAACAAGAACGAAGAGAGAAGGAGCAUCUUCACACGCCGACCCCAAGUCCAGCGGUUUCCAGAAGAGACAGAAAACCAUGAAGAGGACGGGGGCUGGUCAUCCUUCGAGGAGGACGACUAUGAAAGCCCCAAUGACGAGCCAGAUGGGGAGGACGAUGGGGACUACGAAUCUCCCAACGAGGAGGAAGAAGAGGCACCAGUGGAGGACGAUGAUGCAGAGUACGAGCCACCGCCCUCCAAUGACGAGGAAGCUCUGCAGAACUCCAUCCUGCCUGCCAAGCCUUUCCCCACUACCAACUCCAUGUACAUCGACCGGCCCCCCGCGGGGAAAGCCCCUCAGCAGCCUCCAGUGCCCCCGCAGAGACCCAUGGCUGCCCUUCCUCCCCUGCCAGCCACCAGCACGACCGGCCGGAACCACUCGCCACUUCCCCCACCCCAGCCCAACCAGGAAGAGCCAAGCAGAAGCCGAAACCACAAAACUGCAAAGCUGCCCCCACCUUCCAUCGACAGAAGCACCAAACCACCCCUGGAUCGCUCACUAGCUCCCUUUGACAGAGAGCCCAUCAUACCAGGGAAGAAGCCUGCGUUUUCUGACAAGCCCUCUGCCCCGGCGGGAAGGACUCUCGGGGACCAUUUACCCAAGAUCCCAAAGCCUCCUUUACCACCAGCCACAGAGAGACAUGAAAGAAGCGGUCCCUUGCCUGGGAAGAAGCCACCUGUGCCAAAGCAUGGAUGGGGACCAGACAGAAGAGAGAAUGAUGAAGAUGAUGUGCAUCAAAGACCCUUGCCCCAGCCUGCACUGCUCUCCAUGAGCUCCAACACCUUCCCCUCAAGAUCCACCAAGCCAGCCCUCAAGCACCCGCUCCUGUCCUCUCACGGGCCUGGGACAUUCUCAGAAAGUAACAGCAGUUUCCCACAGAGCGCCUCUCUGCCGCCGUACUUCUCUCAAGGCCCCAGCAACCGCCCACCUCUCAGAGCUGAAGGCAGAACCUUGCCCUUGCCAGUGCCGAGCAGACCUCAGCCCCCGUCCGCUGGGGAGGAAGAGAAUUCACUGGAUGAAGAAUGGUACAUUUCCUACAUUACCCGGCCGGAGGCAGAAGCUGCCCUUAGAAAGAUAAACCAGGAUGGCACUUUUCUGGUUAGAGACAGCUCUAAAAAAACAAUAAGCAACCCGUAUGUCCUCAUGGUAUUGUACAAAGAUAAAGUCUACAACAUCCAGAUCCGUUAUCAGGAGGAAAGCCAGGUCUACAUGCUGGGAACUGGACUCCGGGGGAAGGAGGAUUUUUUGUCAGUGUCAGAUAUUAUUGACUACUUCAGAAAAAUGCCACUUCUGCUCAUUGAUGGGAAAAAUCGAGGCUCUAGAUACCAAUGCACAUUAACGCACGCUGCAGGGUGUCUGUAGCAAGUGAGUCAAGGAGACGGACUUUCCUUUUGCCUCUGUUGUGGACCUGAGAAGAUCAACCGACCUUGGUGAAUGGACAACGGUACUGAAACCAACCCCUCGACAUCGACACGAGAGUUUUGUACUUCCCUUUAAAAACAGUGUUUGAAAUGAAGACUGUCAAAUAUACCAUAAUUUAUUUAUUCCUCUUUAAUGUUUAUAAAGUGCAAGAGUAAUAUUGUUCAUACUUGAAGUCUAGUAGUGUACUACGUACUUCAUUUAAAAAAAAAAAAAAGAUGUGUAUUUUUGAAUGCCCAUUUUGAAGUGAAGUAGUUUACAUAGCCACAGCAAAUUUGGGGCAAGUUUAGAAACACUGAAACAGUAGUAGUUUUUGAUAUCACAUGGAACAUAGCCAAGCCUUUGUCAGUCAGAGGUAAUCAUAAGUUUUUUUAUACAACUUAAAAGUUACUAAAAUUCUUUUUCUCAGCAGCAAUAAUUUGAGGCUUCAAAAAUAUAAUGCCACUGGUUCUUAUUUGGUGUUUUAUUUAGGGGGAUUUUGUGUACUUUUUAAUGACAAGAUAAAUGCAUGUUGGGAUACUUCCUGGGAUUAAAAUAGUCUUUUGCCUUUCUUUUGGCUUCCUAUAACGACUUUACUGACUUUUUUGUUUAGUCCAUACUAUUAUUGUUUGUUUUAAAGCAAAUUUAAUCUACAGAUAUCAAAAGGAAACAUUUUAAAUUUAGAGAUGAGACUUUGGUAUCAAAUAGGUUGACAUUUCAUCCCCUCCUUGUACCCAGCACCCCCAUCACACCCUCUACCACCCAACCCAAAAGUAAUGCUCAGUUAUAUAGGCUUCACUGAGUUUCCUGGGGAGAUGAAGGAGCAGUGCUUAGAUGGUGAUGCAAUUUCAUCAAACUUUGCUAUUAGACACUGUGUUAGUUUUCUGUUACUGUGACAAAAUAGAUGAGAUAAUCAACUCAGGAGGGAAAGUUUAUUAUUGUGGUUCAUGGUUCCAGAGGUUUCAGUCCAUGGUUACUUGGCCCUGUUGCUUCUGGUGGUACAGUACAUUGAGGUGGGAGCAUGUGGAAGAGGUUUGUUCUCAUGAUGGCCAGGAAACAGAGAGGCAGGGCUGAGGUCCCAGUACCCUACCUUUCAAGGGCACAACCCCAGUAUUCUAACUUCCCUUCUGCUAGGCCUCAUCUCCUAAAGGCAGCACUGCUUCCAAUAGCACCAAGGGUUGAGGACCGGCUUUAACACCAUGGGCCUUUCGGGGAUAUUUAUCCAAACAAUAGCACUGCUCUUCUGGGUCUUUUCAUUCCCGAUAAACCUGUCAUAAAGUCCCUUCUCUUUCUUCCCAAAGGCAAUUAAACGCUUUCCUUCAGUUUACAAAUUUCACUUAACAAAAAAUACAGUCACUGACUUGUGAUGGUUUGACUUAUUUUUGAGUUUAUGAUGAUUGACAGCAAUAUUCAUUAAGCAGAAAUUGUAGUUUGAAGCUCUUCCUGGGCUAGUGCUAUACAGCACGAUCUUCUCUGGAAGCUGGGCAGCAGAUGAGCCAGCCAGCCGUGUGAUCCAAGGGCAACCACCAGUGCUCUAGCUAGUGGCCAUGUUGCUAGUGUUUGGAUAUAGGCGUUCAAUAUGAUGUGCCAUAUUCAACAUAAUAUAAAAGAGGGUGUUAGAUGAUUUACCCAAAAGUAAGCUAAUGAAAGGUUCUGAGCAUGUUUAUGGUAAGCUGGGCUGUGGUGUCUGUGUGGGAAAUUCAUUUUUUAUUUGCAGUAUUUUCAACCAAUAGUGUUUUUUUUCAAAGACGCAACCUCAUCAUAAAUCAAGGAGAAUCUGUGGUGGGUAUUUAGGAAGCAAAACCCACAUUCAGCAAAACAACAAAAACCUACCUUCAGAUGUUUCCCUUUGGGGACUUACUACUACACAAGUUUUAUUAACAAAAAGUUUUGGGCUCUCUGCUUAACCUACCAGUUUUCUGAGUUAAAGAAAGUUAUCUUAUACCUUAAAUUUCACAAUCUAAUAGAGCAUUGGAAGAGGGACAAGUUACCUCGUUAAAAUUGAUAUGCUAAGAUAAGGAGUAUGUGGAAUAUGGAGACUUUUAACCAAUGAUAAAAAUAAAAAUCUCAUUCUUACAAA